CACUCCACCCUCGAACGAAUCGACUAGCUACCUCGCUAUGAAAUUGCACGUUUUAUUACUGACGGCACUUCCUAUGUGCCUGGCCCAGUUUUCAAUUCAGGGACCCAGUGACGGGCAUCGACGAGCCCAGGGUCUUAAAUUCAGCGCAGAGAAAGGAAUCGAGUACACCGAUCAGAGUGAAUCAGAAGGACCCGGAGACUUCACCAUUCAAGGUGCGACCGACGGUAACAGCGAUUUCAGAAUCCAAGGUGCCACGGACGGGCACUCAAACUUCCAGAUUCAGGGUCCCUCGGAUGGUGGAGCGGCUACCUUCCAUAUACAAGGGGCGACCAAUGAGGGCGUGUCCUCAAUUCAAGGAGCGUACGACCCUAAUCAGGGUAACGCGAAGUCGCUCCAGUACAACGAUCCCAGCGGUUACAGGGUGAACUGGAGGUCGUACGAGCGCCAAGCGCGCCCGAGUGCGCAAGCGGAACCGCAGUACGCGCCGCAACCCGCGGCACCGACUCGGCAAGCCGCGCACCGGCGAGUGCCACGACCGCAACAGGCACCUGAACCGCAGCCGCAGUACAAACAUUACGCUAAUGCGCCCCCGCAGAUUCAGCAACUGCUCCAGUUCCAACAGCAAAUUCCGUAUAUCAAUGUGAUUCCGGAACCUUACAGAUUCGACGAACAGGCGGCGAUAAAGGCUCAGGCUGAGCAAGUUCGGGAGCACUACCGGAACAUAGUAGCCCAACCGCCACCUGGAUCUGCGCCUCCGCCUCCGCCUGCGCCCGCACCCGCGCCGGAACCACGUCACAGACCGCGCGGCCCCUCAAGACAUAAGCGUGAGGCGAAUCCUCAGAAGGCGCAACAACCGCAGUACCGCAGGGUGUCUCAGCUGCCGACAGAACCCCAACCACGAUAUUCGACCAACCUGCCGACGCAACUGCGGGAAUUGCUAAAAUUUCAAGCGCAAACGCCGUACAAUAUCUUCGCUAAUCAAGUCUCCUAUCGUGGACCCGACAAGCCUUACGUACCGCAAUCUGUAAGCCCACCGCAGCAGCAACCGCCGCAACAACUGCAGCAACAGCCGGUGCAGCAGGCGCAGUAUCAAGGUCAGGGUGGCGGGUACCAGGGCCAGGCGAGCGCUUACACGCAGGCUCGCGUGGCCGGCUACAACCAGGGCCAGCAACUUGGCUACAAUCAGCAGCAGCAGCAGCCUGGCGUACGACCUGUGACCGAGAAUCAGUACUGAUCGAUCGGUCCGGCGGUGUGUCGCUAUUAUUAUAUUUUCCGUUUCUUUCGAUCGGAGCAAGUCUCUAUUCCGGCAGAAUCAAAUUUUUCAACAAGUUCCACUACUAAGUUGAUUAUACCUACACGGAGAGGAUAGUAGAAAUUACUGUAGAAUUUUGUAACCGACAAAUAGAUCGACAUUCUGUAUUCAGUAAUUGACUAUCCUCCUUUCAUUUCGCAUGCGCUGUUUAUACUUUAGGAGCUGAAAUGUUAAGCAAUUUGCUAUGUUUUUAGCAAAAUUUAUUAUGUUCUUUCGCGAGAUAGAUCUUAGUCUAUUCCUGCAUCAUUAGAGACAUAAUAAAAUAGAAAAGAAUUUACGUGUAAAAAGGAACUAUUCGUGGAACUAUCACGUGGAAAAAGGAAUAUUCUCCCCGUGUGAUUGUUACUUCAUAAAUCUCUUAAUUAAAUAUCAAAUUAUAGAGAGAAAGAGAGAUCAAAUGUGUUAUCGAUGAAGGUUAUAAGUAACAAUUGCUGUAAAGUGCAAUUUCAUGGGUUGAUUCGAGGUUUUAUUUGUUUGAUCCUGCUGGAGUAGAAACGAUGAGGAAGCGAUCUAUUUAAUGCAGCCCGCGGAUAUUCGUUAAGUAAUAGAUAUUUAAACGAUAUAUAUGAUGUAAUUGUGUAGCUAUUCAAGUAUCUUAGUCAGCGAGCAGGUUUACAAUAUUCAUAUGUUACUGUAAAAAUAAACAGACCUACUUUUCUUACUUCUUGAAAUCACUGAAGUAAUGCUUCGUCGUUGUGAUUACUCCUUCGUUUAGAGUUUCUAUUCAAUCAAUGGAAAAUAUCUCACACUUUCUGACGUGGAAUGUGCACGUAGAAAGUACAUUAUCGAUCGAAAGUCUCGACAAUACCGAGGCCGAGUUUGAGAGCGAGUGCCGUUCAAGAAUUAACUUUUUUUUUUCUUGCAAUUUCGACCCACACACACACACACAAAGUGAGACGACAAAGUCAAUAGUUGCACUCGCCACGCAAAUGCAUCGAUGUACUCGUACGAAUCUUGAGAUGCGUACGCGGAAUUCAGAUGUCUGUUGUGCGUUUAUCUAAUUUUAUAGUUUUUUUGUACCUACACGUUUUUCAAAUAAAAUAUUUGCGAGGGUA